AUGCAUUGGGUAGCUUACUGUGCUGAUAGAAGAAUGAUGUUCCGUCAAAUUCGGAUUCUUCCUGAACAUGAAAACUUGCAAAGUAUCAUCUGGAGUCCAUCAGCUGACGAGCCAGAACGGUACUAUGUCUUGCUCACAGUCACAUACAAGGAAACUUGCGCUCCAUACCUGACGCUUAGGACCCUCAGGCAAUUAUUUCAUGACGAAGGCCUCUCUUUGCACGAGGCUGUCGAAUCUAUCGAGAAGGACUUGUAUGUGAACGAAUUUUUGGGAGACGCUACUGACGUAGAAUCUGCUCGCAGAAGAAUCAAUCAGUUGAAUUCCUUGUUUAGGGUGGGCGGCUUCGAGUUGAAAAAAUGGGUUUCCAACGACCCAGAACUCCUGAGCGAUCUGCCUCUCGAGGACCAACUUCAUCCCAGCUCGAUCCAUCUCUCGGCUGAAGGUCCUGAUACUGGCCUUCUUACGAAGCGUAGGUUGUUAUCAGAAAUCCCCAGGCUUACUCCCGUAACCGUCGUGGCCAAAAAAAUCCUUCAAGACCUCUGGAAGAAGAAGCUUGAUUGGGAUCAAGAACUGUCAACGGAACUGGCAUGUCAUUGGAGACAGUUUCGAAACGAUCUGCACGACGUCUCUACUCUCGCACUACCUCGCUGGCUGGGACACAGUCGAGCGCACAAACCUCAAUUCCACGUUUUCUCGGAAGCAAGCAGUCGUGCUCUUGCAGCGGCUGUAUACGCCAGGGUUUCUGCUGAUUCAAAUUCAGAAGAAUUUCACUUUGUAAUCGCAAGAGGCAAGCUUGCUUCUUUUAUGGAUUUGAGCAGAUCAAAGAACACUUGCAUGCCCAUAUGGAGGCUUCAACUGAGAGCGGCUCUCUUGGCCGCGCAACUUUUUCAAACUACAGAAGAACAAGUGAACGUCGCCUUAAAGGACUGUAAUGCCUGGACAGACUCACAAGUCGUUUUACAUUGGUUGCGCUCAGAUGAACCACUCAGCAAUGAACUGGUAAACAAUUACGUCAGUCAGGUACAAGAGUAA